AUGGAGACAGCGUCGGACGCCUCGGUCCGGUUCGUCGACCAUGACGAUUCCGACUCGGACUCCGACUCGGCGAGACUCACUGCCGACCGCCGCGGCAACUCAAAGAAUGGGCUCAGCCAAGCUAGGGCUGUACUAAAAAAGAAAGAGGAGGAAGACAGGGAGCUCGCCUUCGAACGUACCCUGCGCAGCCGAGCCUUUAAAAAGGCGCCGGCUGCGGCGCCGGUGGUCCACGAGCCGACCCCCACAAUAAACAUCGCAGACCCAGCCGACUUAAGCGCCGAGGAGCUCUGCGCGGAGGCUGGCCGAAAUGCGGCCCAGAUACGAGAGGUCGCUCUUAAAUCCUCCAACUUGAAAGGAGGGUUUAUUAAAAAGCUAAAGGACGCAGCGACCUCUCUGGAGGGUGUGGUCGAGGCCCUCGCCUCUCGGACGGAGGCCGAGGAGAGCAGGAGGCUCCGGGCGGAUAACAACCGCCUGCACAGGGAGGUUGAAAACCUCAAGGCGGAGCUAAAGGCCCACCGCCGUGAGUACGCGGAGAUGCGUACCACGGUGGCAGCGGCGACCGAGGCGGCCAACACCCCGCGAGGCGCUCCUUCGAUGGAGGAGCUCAAGGACUUCAUCGUCAGGUCGAUCGGCGAUGAAGGACCAAUUGAUAAACCGCAAGAGGUGACGCUGUCUCACGCGCCGGCGGACCGUCAGCCGGCGAUACCGAAAAAGGCCAGGAAAACGGCCCCACCAGUGGCACAAUCGCCGACCGCAGGCCCUCCAUGUGCGACGGUAAGCGCCCCGGUUGCACCGGCGACGUCCCAGACACCACCGAACAAGGAAACGUCCUGGUCCACGGUGGUGAAGAAGGGCAGGAAGGGGAGCAAGACCACCCCUUCCGCCGACGCUACGGCCGCAAAGGCGCCGCCGAAGACGCCCCAGCCAGCCAAAUCGAAGCUGGCCACCCCUCGCUCGGCUGCAAUCGUUCUCACGUUGCAGCCGGAAGCAGUAGGAAAGGGCGUCACCUACGCGCUGGUCCUGGAGAGAGCGGAGCAAAGUGUCAAGCUCCAGGACCUAGGAAUCAGCGGUGGGCUGAAGGUGCGACGCACGGCGACCGGAGCCAGGGCUCUCGAGCUGCCGAAAGCCCAAGCGGAGCAGGCCGAUAGGUUGGCGGCGAAGCUCCGCACAGUUCUCGACGGGGUCGCUGACGUAGUGCGCCCGGUCAAGAAGGCCGACCUGAAGGUGACGGGGCUCGACGACUCCGUCACCUUGGAGAAACUGGCCGCGGCGAUCGCGCACGCCGGUGACUGCUCCUCCGAGGCGGUGAAGUGCGGAGUGAUGCAGCGCGGACCCGGCUAUAUGGGGAUGGUCCGCGUCACCUGCCCCCUCACGGCAGCGAAGAAGCUGGCCGCUGCCGGUCGCCUCCUCGUCGGGUGGAGCUCGGCCAAGGUGGCCGUCGUGGAGCAGCGCCCUAUGCGCUGCUACAAGUGCGGAGAGGGGAGGCCUGUGCUACCGCUGUGGCUCGGACGGCCACAAGUCAGCGGAAUGCACGGCCAAGAUGCGCUGCGCGGUCUGCGCGGAGGCUGGCAAGCCUUCAGGGCACCUGAUGGGGGCCAGGGAUUGCAACCCCCCCAUCACGAAGGGUAA